AGUAAAAGUCUGACUAGAAAGUAAAAUGAUUGCUUGCAGAAUUAAAAUUUGUGUCUACAAUGAACCGAUUUCCAGCUGAUUUAAGUCGGGAUUUAAAGGAUGCUUUUGAGGCUUUUGACAAAGAUGGAAACGGAUCUGUGCCAGUUACAGGGUUACGAGAGAUGUUAAAAACAAUAGGCUAUAAUCCAACUGAUGUUUUAUUAGAAAAUACAUCAAUUCUUGUUGAUAAUGGCAAUGGACGCAUUGAUUUCAAAGAGUUCAUAGAGAUUAUUGAUAGAUUAGAAACGGAAGAAAAAAAUGAAAAAGAAGCUCGAGAUUGUUUUAAUGCAUUCGAUUUUAUGGGUGAAGGAUUUAUCGCGUCCAAUGACAUAAAGGAAGCAUUAAUUUUUGUUAUGGAAAAAGCCCCACCGGGAGCUAUAAAUGAGAUUUUAAAAUAUCAUAGAUUGGAGAGAAACAGACGAGUAUACUUUUCUGAAUUUAAAGAGAUGGUGCGUGCAUUUCCACCGCCGAAAAUGAAUAAAAAUUCAUAAUCAGUUAAUUGAAAAUAAAAAUUUCUUUAGAAAA